AUGUCCGAUCCCGAUAUCGAUCCAUAUGCCAUCUUAGGUGUCGCCAAAGAGGCCACCUUACCCGAUAUCAAAUCCGCCCACCGCAAACUCGUCCUCAAAUGUCAUCCCGAUAAGAUCCAGGACCAGUCCCUCCGCGCCAAGGCCCAGGAUGAGUUUCAGAAAGUCCAACAGGCCUACGAGCUGCUGUCCGACGAUGCCCGUCGCCUCAAGUAUGACCAGAAGGUCCGUUUGAUGGAGUUGCGCCGCGAGAUGCUCGCCCGCGGGGGCAGUGCCGCUGCCGCCGCGCGAGGCGGCAGCGCCACCUCCCGCGAGUUCCGCAACGGUCACAUCUACGAGGAGCGCACUCCCGGCGAGUCCUUCUUCUUCGAGGACGAGGUGCGCUUCACCGAGGAACCCCAGUCCACCAGCCGCAAAAACGACGAGUACGGCCGCCGCCACCGAACCGCCCGUCCGCCCCCCGAGGAGCGACGUCGGUCCAAACCCACCCCCGCCGCCCGUGUCCCCCGGGAGACCACCGCCCGCGACAACACUGCCCGCGACACCACCCGCGCCCACUACGAAAAUCGCGACAAGCACCGCACCAAGGAGCGCCGCCGCGAGGCCUUUGCCAAGUCCCACGAGCGCUCCGCCCCCUACGUCGAUUCCGACGGCGGCGGCGACUCCGACGAUAGCAACGUCUCCUUUGUCUACGUCCGUCUCAGCCGCCCCUCCUCCGACCGCCGCAAGUCCAAGUCCAAGCCCCGGACGUCGCAUCGCUCAGAACCCCGCUACUCCCGGGACGACGUCGACGUCGAGGACGACGACGACGCCGAAGACGACUCGGAGGCCCGCGCCGAGUCCAAGCACGACAUGCUGCACAACACCGCCAAGAACUACAUCCGCCGCACCAAGUCCAGCCCGCCCAUCGAGGUCGAGCCUCCCGCCCCCCGCCGCCACCGUCACCAUCGCUCGUCGCACUCCCCACCCCACGGUCGUCGCGACGAGUCCACCCCCGACCCGGACUCAUCCACCCGUCGCACGCGGGAACCCACCCCCAAGCGGCCCAGCCGCGAGUCCGUCCGGCACCAGGGCUCUUCUCGCUCGCGCCACGGCUCCUACGAACACCUCGAGCCCCGCGCCGCGCGCUCCUACGAGACCGUCCCCCCCAUGCCCACCGCCACCUCCGCCCGGCCCCAGCACGACCCCCACCCACCCGCGCCGCCACCAUGA